GCCGAUCACCCCAUUAUUCUCUGUUUCCCUGCUGUCAUCCCCUCACCCUUCAUUUCUUCUCUCCCCCUUCCUUCCCCUUUCCCUCUCUCCCCCUGUUUAAAUAUGAUUCAUCUUCCGCCCCCAACCCACCACAUCCGAUUCUCUCCUUCUACCUUCAAUGGCUGCUCUUCAAUUUCAAGACUUGCUUCCCGUGAUUGCUCACAAACUGGGAGGCCAAGGUCUCCUCACUGAGCUCUGCAAUGGCUUUCAGCUGCUCAUGGACAAACACAAAGGCCUCAUCACCUUGGACAGCUUGCGCAUCAACUCUGCUCUUCUUGGCCUGCAGGAUUUGACGCAGGAUGAUCUCUUCUGCAUGAUCUCCGAAGCUGAUCUUGAUGGCGAUGGCGCUCUCUCUCUCUUGGAGUUCUGCGUUUUGAUGUUCAGAUUAAGCCCGGAUCUCAUGCAACACUCCUCCUUUUGGCUUCAUCAUCCUCCUCAACGUCACCUCCCCAACUCUUCCUCCUGAUUGCCUCCCCCGUAACUCUAUUUUUUCCCCUCGGCGUAAAAGAUACGACGCCGUCUUCAUGCUUGGAAUGUUAACCUUCCCUUUUUCUCUGUUAAUUCACUAUUUGACUGGUUACUCAAGUCUUAAUUCUUUGCUUUUA